AUGGAGGAGAAGUUGAUUAUUGCUGUGGCGGGUUUCCCCAUAAUCUAUGACGUGUCCCUGUUUGCGUACAGGGACAUAAAUAGAAAAAAUGAUGCAUGGACCAAGGUGUCUGAGAUUGUUGGUGUUCCUGCGGAUGAGUGCAGAAAAAGGUGGAAGUCUCUUAGAGACACCUACAGAAAAGAGAGGAAGAAGGAGGCAGAGAGGAAGAGAAGUGGAGCAGGGGCGAGCAGUGUUCGGCCAUGGCGCUAUAGUGGGGUCAUGGGCUUUCUCAACCCCUUCCUAGAAGAUAGAGUUACUGCCAGUAAUAUGGUAGAGGGGUUUGGGGAAGCCCUGGCCCCAGAGGAAAGAGAGGAUGCCAUAGUCCGGCACAGUCAGGCAGCACAGACAACACACACACACAGUCAGCAGCGUGAGGCGAGCCAGCUAAGUGAGAGCCCAAGUCAGUUCAGCGUUCAGGUUCAGGAAGGACCAUCAAGCCCGGGCCAGUCCAGCGUUCAGAGACAGACGGGGCACUCACACAGGAGAAAGAGAGCACACAACAUCACAGAGUUUGAUGAGAGGAUGCUAACAGCUUUGGAGGCUGUGAGUAGGAGAGCUAGCGCUCCUCAGGAGGACAGUGACAGUUUAUUUUUUAAAAGCCUCCUGGAAGAUUUUAGGACACUGUCAUUGAGGACCAGGCAGGAUUUAAAGUUCCAAAUUCACAAGCUAGUGUAUGAAGCAAAAUGUCUGGAGGCUGGACUCACUGAACACUGGGGAGAGAGUAACGGGGGGCAGCUGACAAGUCUGUGA